UCCGGAGGAGUCAGAAGGAGGGAGAGGCCGGAGCUACUUGCGGCAGAAAUUGGAGGGGCAGAUUACUUCGGUGGACUGGUGACCGGACCAGAGUGUGUAUCGUGUUCGUUGGACAGCCAAAUUCCACUUCAACACUCUCUUACCUUCAGUCCAACCAACUCCAAUCCUCGAGCUCAACGCCCUCUCCAGACCUCCAAGAUGGAUUCCAGCAAGCAGCCCGUUAAGCUCGUCAAGGUGACCCGUGUCCUCGGCCGCACCGGAUCCCGUGGUGGUGUCACCCAGGUCCGCGUCGAGUUCAUGGACGACACCUCGCGUUCCAUCAUCCGCAACGUCAAGGGCCCAGUCCGCGUUGACGACAUCCUCUGCCUGCUCGAGUCCGAGCGCGAGGCCCGCCGUCUCCGUUAAAAUCCACCAAAACGAAAUUUCGCUCGCGUCGUCUAUUUUGUCUCUCUUCUUCUCUCGCAUAUCCCUUACGACCGGUUUUUCAUGAUUACUCUUCGGCCAAAAUCGAGUCCCCCGCUUUUUCUUUCUUGCCGUACCUUCAACCUCCUAUCUCCAUCAGCCCUAAACCGCCGCGCUGCUCAACCCAUUCCCGCCUGCCGACUCUCGGCCGUUUCUACGAUUUCCGACGUUUCGACUGGAGGUGAUAGUUUGGGUGGAUUGACUUUUUGGUUUUUAU